GCCUGCCAGCGAUACUGUACCACUGCAUCUGCCACUGGCAGUACAUACCACAAUACUGCUAUUACAACUACAGCCGCCAGUACCACGACUUCUAAAGGGGUGAGAACAAGAGUCCAGCAACCCAAAACCGAGAAAACCCUACGGAAGAAACCACACACAAAUCCUCCUCCAGAUCCCAGUCUUCCUCUUCACGAACCUCCCAGUCUAUCCCAAUCACUCCCUCACUACAAUGCGGCUCACGGCCGACCUCAUCAACAAUUCCCUAUCAUACCUGAACCCCCUCAAAGAGCGCGAACUUGAUCUCCGAGGCCAUAAAAUCCCCACCAUUGAAAACCUCGGUGUCGCCGGACCCCAAGAUGCCAUCGACUUCACGGACAACGACAUUGCCCUUCUUUCGAAUUUCCCUCUCUCGCCCCGGUUAAACACGCUACUGUGUGCCCGCAAUAGAAUCCAAGGUGUCGACAAGCGGAUCGCCGAACAAAUACCAAACCUCACCACGCUGGUGUUGACGUCGAAUCAUGUCAAGGAGCUGGCGGAUUUGGAAGGGUUGAGCGGGUGUGCGAGGUUGACGCAUUUGAGUUUAUUGGAGAACCCGGUGACGAGGAAAGAGCAUUACCGAUUAUAUCUGAUCUGGGCCAUUCCGUCAUUACGGUUCCUCGAUUUCCAAAAAGUCAAAGAUGCAGAGCGGGAACAAGCGAGAGAACUGUUUGGGACGGUGGACAACCCGACGGAAUUGGCGGCAAAAAUCAAAGGUGUCAAGACGAGAACGUUUGAUGUGGCCUCCGGCGGGACUAAUAUCAAUGGAAAGCCGGGCGGCGGUGGUGCCGCCGGAAAGGGCGUGCGAACACAGUUGACAGAAACGGAGAAGAAGCGGGUGCAGGAGAUGAUUAAGAAUGCAAAGAGUCUUGCGGAGAUUACGAGGAUUGAGAAAGAUCUCGCGGAGGGGAGGAUACCUGCUGGGGCGGCCGAUGCUGAUCGGAUGGUAUCGUGAUUUCUGUUCGACUGUAAACGUGCUGGUGCUGUGAGGAGUAAAUGAUUGUUUUAUGAUGGAGCGAAAAAUGCCUUGUAGGAGAGGUGUAUUGUGGCUGUGGCCCGAUGGCGCAUUCAGUGGAACCGAAGUUGAGGUUUAUGGUGCAUAUUGUCUGGUGUGAUUGUACCAAUUCUAGAAACCCUCUGCAUAUGAUGCUGAUGUCAAUGAUCCAACCAAACUUCUAUGCGAUGCGGCAUAAUGAUCAAGAAUCAAACAUAUGCACCCUCCAAAAUGCGAAUGCAAACCACACGAUCACAGUCACUCCAACAAGAACUUCAAAAAGGCCUGGCUGACAACGAGUCCGUCGUGAUGCAAGGCCACUUUACCCAUAUGCUCCUCAAACGCCUUGUCGUCGAAGAUCCCGGUGGCGUGUCUCGUGUUGAUGAUCUCGGUCAUGAUCUCCUGGUUGAAUUCCGGAUGUCCCUGGACCGUGAAUAGCUUCUUGGGCACAUACAUGCCCUGGACCUCGCACACUGGUGACGAGCCCAGUUUUUCAACGCCUUCGGGAUACGAGAAGACGCAAUCCCGAUGCAUCUGGUGAAGGCUCUGAGAAACACACAAAGAAGUUAGUAGAGAUAGAGUAAAGACAGCCGUCACCGCCACCAAUCGGCCAGCCCAAAGGAAGCCUUCCCAUGGCUCUUUUUGAAUAGCAGCGAGGGGAGAGGGACGACGUCUGAAACAAGGCAACAUACUAUUUUAUCCACUCCAAAGAUCUCCUUUCCUCGGGGUGACAGUUCAACAUCAUUCACCGCCGCCUCCCAUCCCUGAGGGUUCCGUCCAACUUCAGCCUUCAGAGCCCGACCGACAAUCUGAUGGCCGAAGCAAACGCCAAUGACACGAACACUGGUCUCAGUGAGCACCUUUGCGGUGAACUCGACCAGCUUGUUGAUCCAUGGCGUAUCGGCGAAGGAGUCGUGUCCUAAUCGGAGACAACGUGAGCCACAACGGUCAGCGAAAAGUGUCGAGUGCGUGGAACCAGUACAUCCUUGAAGUAGUGGCCCGCGAGAGGCACAUAUCUUUAUUCUUCUUACUUCGGCGCGUGCAGGUGACCCUUGCAAAUCGAGGAGGCGACAAACUUACUGGAACCUGUAAUCAGGAUAGCAUCGAUUGUCGAAGGGUCCGGGUACUUGUCCGGCUCCA